GGCCGCGCACCCGGAAGAGCCGCCGACUCCGCGAGCGCAACAGGCGGCCGAGGGGGGCUGCGCGGCGCCGAGCGAGCCCGGGAUGGACAAGCUGAAGCAGGUGCUCAGCGGCCAGGACACCGAGGACCGCGGCGGCCUGGCCGAGGUCGUCGAGGCAUCUUCGUUAAGCUGGGGCACCAGAAUAAAAGGCUUCAUUGCAUGUUUCGCUGCAGGAAUUGUCUGCUCACUGCUGGGAACGCUGCUGCUCUGGGUCCCCAGAAAGGGACUGUACCUCUUUGCAGUGUUUUACACCUUUGGUAACAUCGCAUCGAUUGGGAGCACCGUCUUCCUCAUGGGGCCCAUGAAACAGCUGAAGCGAAUGUUCGAGCCGACGCGCCUGAUUGCGACCAUCAUGGUGCUGCUGUGUUUUACACUCACCCUGUGCUCUGCCUUUUGGUGGCACAACAAGGGGCUCGCUCUCAUCUUCUGCAUUUUGCAGUCCUUGGCCCUGACGUGGUAUAGCCUUUCCUUCAUACCGUACGCAAGGGACGCCGUGAAGAAGUGUUUCGCCGUCUGUCUCGCAUGACCCACGGGCAGUUUCGCUGAGCUUUGGAAGAAGGCGCAAGGGACGGAAGCCAGUGGACAGUUUCGUAAAUACCUUCUAAAACUCUUGCAGCCACGUGCCUUUUCUCUCGCAGCCACAUGUUGCUCGUGACGCAACCAUUUGAGGGUUGCGUUUGGGGGCGACGGUGUCACGGAAUGGGGGGAUCUGGGUCGUAGGGAGUAGAAUAUUCCUCGUGCACCCGUGUGCUCUUUGGAUGGUGUUCUGCUGCAGUCCCGCGAAUAAACGCCUUGUCAGGCAGCAGCAGAUAAGCCGUGGGAGCCACUGAUUCCCAGGCGUCGACCGGCAGCCCCACCAGAGAAGGCAGGGGAGCCCCGGUACGGGACAGAGCCUGGGGGGCACCAGGGACUCUGCAGCCGUGCCCUCAGCACGGACACCGUCCCCCCCGCUCCCAGCCUCACACAGCGUGGACACGCUCUGCUCUGGUGUCUGGGGUAUAGCGGUUCUCCGCAGCGACCGCCACACGCAAGCCCACGGAGGGACGUGGACACGGAGACGUUUUGGUGACACGUGUUUUUAAAUCUGAACCUCGGCCUCCUUUUUCUCGUCUCCCCACCUGACGAUGACAUUCAGCACACGCUCUUUUUCUCUCGAGGUUCCCCCCCGCCCCCCAUCUUUUCUCAUGAUCUCUUAGAACCAGACUGGGGACAGAGCAGUGACAUGCACACUGGAGGUGGAAAGUCUCCCGACUGUAUUUUCUCCCCCAUUGUUUAUAAAUGUUGCUUUUGAACGGAUCCUGUUUUCCAUUCUGCCCUGGAAGGGGGCCAGGGGGCGUGGCUGGGAAGACAGAGCCCCACUGUGGGCUGCAGGAAGGAGGCACGCCUGCCCGGUGACCUUUAAGCAGCGCCAGUUGGCGCACUCAAGCCUGAGCCGCGGGCCCUGGGGCAGGGCAGCCUCAGCCGUCGGGUGGUUCCUUCGCUGGCCCCGUCUACACACAGGGCACGUUGUCCCCUGGACCCCGUCUGGCCUCACCAGAGCCGGGUGACGAGGAGGUGACGGCUCUCUCGCUGGGCCGUCAGGGAACCAGGCUCUGAGAGGUUAGCAGGUUCCCCCGAGGCCACAGCCGGUGGCAGAGCCGGGCCCGGAGUCUGGGUGCCCCUGGGGUGCCUCCUUAACUAGUGUGCCUGUUCUGUCUUCACCAGCCGAGCCCGUGCCUUUUCUGGUCCCGCCCUCUACACCCCUGCCCUGUGUCCUGCCCCGUGGCCCUGUCGGGAAGCUUCCUUCUGGACCCGUAGGCCGUCCGUGGCUCCCUUGGGUGCCCUUCUGGCUCUGCUUGCCUCCUGACGCUGUAGAUGCCCUGUCGUGAUGGCCGGGGUUCUUGGCAUUGCAGGGCCUCUAAAGGGAAGUCUCUCUGGGGUUGCCUUUCUGUUCUCUGCCCCGGUCUGGCUAGUCCACGCGGGUUCUUGCUCCGGGGUCUCCGAACCAGAGGCUGUGGUCCACUCGUGGUCUCCUUGCUUGUGGCCGGUGGCUAAAGUCUUUUUCCUGUUGCAUCUGAGAAGCCGAGCCCUCACGGCUGAGAGCGUUUUCCUCUGAGCUGGUCUGAGGACCAGAGCGAAGGAGCCGGUCUUCUCGGGCCUCUCUGGGCGGUGGAGGGAGCCCCGUUUCGCCCCGAGGUCCCCAAGCUGCCUUCAGCCUGAAGGGGAGUCACGCGCUACCUCUGACGUCUGGGGGGCUCUUUCAGCCUCGGGGCGGCUCCAGGAGGUCGUCAGGUCUCCGAGGUGCUCCAGGAAGGGGCCCGAGGGGGUCAGCAGGGCCCGUCGCCCCCUCGCUUCAGAGCUGAGGUGAGGCUAGCCUGCCUACGAGCCCGGCCUGGAGUAACUCAGGACCCGUCCCUGUGGCCGCUUUCAGUGUGUGCACUGGACUCUGGGACACGAGGCGCAGGUGCCCCUGACGGCAGCGGGUCUGUGUGUGGCUGGGGACUCGUCACACGCCCGUGUCGGGCGGAGCAGGUUCCUUGAGCUCUGGCUCCUCACUUCGCUGAUCCGUUUAGAAAUACAGGAAGUGACAGUUCCUGCCGGGUCAUCGAAGUGCAUCCCUGAGCAGCGUGUCAGGUGCUUGGCCCGGGGCCCAGUGUGGGUCCAGCCUGUCUCCCUAGGAGGAGGGUGGUGUUACUUAGUCCGAGAGAUAACAGAUGACCUUUGAAGGGGACGGGAUGAGUGUCUCUGACACAGACAUUUUUAUCUGAAAAACACUUGUCCAGCCUCGCAUCCAGCACAGUAGACGUUGGCAAGCCUCGUCUCAUUGCGUGUUCGCAGUGACUGCAGGCUGGCGGCCUAGUUUCCCGCGCGGAGAAGGUACAGGGGUCCCUCUGCAUCUCCGCAGUAGAGGGUGAGGUUCACGCGUUAAGGCACCCGCUUUGCCCACUGAGUGGCCUGCGUCCGGGUCGCUCGCACACAGCUCCGUCUGGUCAGUGUCGGUAGCUUUCGGAUGAUCCUGCCUUUCAGAAUCUUCCAGACCCCUGCCCCCGCCCCCCUUUGGUUUCCCCUCCUCGUUUCUGCCCGCUGCGCUGUGGGAGGGAGAAAUCCAUGUCAGAUCCGCUGAAAUCUGUGACCAGGCAAUGGCUCUGCCUGCAAGCACCCUCGGGGGGGGCGGUGGCAAGUGGGGAAUUAGGGGCCAGACCCCCCCCAUUCACCGCCGGGGGAAGGAGAGGUCAGAGGUCGUUGCAUUUUUGGGAUGAAGGGACCCAUUGAGGCCACUUCUCCAGCACCUGGGAGUGUGCUCCCCGAGGAGGCGCCCCCAGCCGCGUGGGCCGAGUGCCCCGAGCGCCCUUCCCUCCCUGGGCGGUGUUCGCCCUCCCGGUGCCCGGACGGCCGCGGCCCCGCCCUCGGAGCCUGCUGUCUGACCCCCGCCACCCCUCUCCGUCCUGAGAAGGCCGCCCUCCUGCCCGCCGGCCGCGCUCGGGCAGCUCUGGCUCCCGGCCGUGUGUGCACCACCGCUGCCCAGGCCCGGCUGCAGGCUCCCUGGGGACGCGGGAGACCCUCCCCAGCGGGGCAUCUCCAGUGGGUUGCUUUCAGCGCUCAGAGCUUUUCUCCGUCAUUCUUGUGUGGGGACUUUGCAGGGAACCCCCCUGAGGGCCACCUCCCUCCCACCCCAACCAGGGUGCGCUCGGGAGCAGGAAAUAAAACCACGAAAGGCAUCUAAAUGCACGGUUUUGGAUACUUGCGUUAGAAAAGACGACCGAGGGGCACACCCUGGAAACUGGGCGCAGGAGAGACUGGUCUGGGUGCUCCUGCCUCGGAGAGCUCUGGGAGGGGGACAGGUGUGGUCGCGUGACACGUGGGGCGCUGAAUUAGGAAACCGAACUCUGCCCGUGGCUCUGUGGGUCCCCUUUUCUGCGGGGCAGCCCACGCCGGGCCUGCCUCCCCUUCUCUUCCCUUGGACGACAUCCGACCAGACUCAGCUGCAGGAUUGCAAAUUAGUCAAAAGUUCACAACCCAUCCUUGACCUCGUUUUCAGCAAAUAAACUCAUGUUUGUAGA